UGAUAUAUAAAAUGUAAUCAUUCGUGUCCAUCGUGAGCGGCAAAAGGUCAAAAAGGUGUGUACAACAGGUCCAGGCGGAGGAUCAGGUGCGCUGUAAAUGACGCCGAGAUCGCGUUUGGGGAGCCUUGCGUCUGGCACUGCGAGGUGGAGGAGGUGGCAAUACGUGCCUCCACACAUCUCGUACGCCGUAUGGGGCGUCUUCGGUACCUCCAACGUCGAUCAGAGAGCUCCGACAACAAGCAGAGCACCGGCACCGGCUGCCAAGAAGCUCACGGCGGUCAUGCCGAAGCCAGAAGGGCUCAUGGCGAUGGCUCCAUCGCCGGCUCUGCUGCCGGAGGUAGUAGGCGCUGCACCGCUGGCCGUGAGGAUAGAGUUGGCCUGCGAGACGAUGGCAGCAGCGGACGAAGAACCGACGGCGGCGGCAAGCUCGGAAGAUUGCGCGUUGACCACCGACGACACGAGUCCAGGGUUGGCCGAGUAGAUGCUCUGGAUCUGCGAAAAGAUGCUGGGAUUCUCGGACGUGAACUGGGCAAUGUUCGAGAAGCUUUCGAAAAUCGAGGGGUCGAUACCGCCCACUGCAGGGAUGCUGAUGGAGCUGAGGUCUCCGAGACCGCUGGUCAGACUGGCCAAGUCGAUGCUGCUUGCCAGCGUUCCCUGGCGAGCCUCGAGCUUUGUUUGGCGAUGGCAAAGGGGGAGGAGAGUGGUAGGCAGGCAGGCAAAAGGAAGUGUUCGUCAGCUCGCGCAAGUCUGAAUGCGAGUGCAUCCUUCUGCGUUUCUGAGGGCGUGCGAUGUCCCCACCUUCCUCCUUGGCUUUGCCGUCCUUACAGUCUUAGCUCCUCCAGUUUGCAACCAGACCGUCGCCCGCUCCACAAGUCCACAGAGACUCCUCCUCCAUCAUCUUUCUCACCUUGACAGCGGGCGCUGCCGUCGGGGCAGGCGCAGGGCCAGCAGCGACGGAAGCAGCGACGGAAGCCGCAACGACAACGAUGGCGGAAGCAGAGAACUUCAUCUUGGGGGCAGAAAAGUUGCGCGAGAGGAU